UGGGCCCGAAAGGGGCAGCAACGCUCUUCGUGAUUUUGCCACGGCGCCCGGAUGUCAAGGACACGUUUCUUCUUUGUGCUGUCGUUCCAGUGCAGCACUCCUCGCUCUCGCGGCCGCCAUGCGCGUCGCCGUGGUUGGCGGCGGACCUGGCGGGCUGUGCGCCGCGAUCGGGCUGGGGCAGCUGGGCCACGACGUGGUCGUGCUGGAGCGCCUGGAGCACCCCUCCGCACGACCGAGCCGCAGCCGUCAGCGCUCGUACCCGGUGGACAUCUCCGGCGGCGGCAUGGCCGCCCUGGAGGCCCUGGGCGCCGCUCCGGAGGGCGGCGCGCUGCGGCGGCGGCUGCUGCCCUUCCUCGGGCACGCCGCGGAGCCGGGCGGCAGGGCCCCGCGGCCGAUGCGGAGCCCGGGCCUCAUCGGGACGCGGGAGGACUUGGUGGAGGGCAAAACCGAGGAGCGGGGCGGCCGCUGGGCUGGCCGCGUGCGCGUCUUCCACGGUGUCGAGGUCGGUCGCCUCGACCUGGCCGCCCGCACCGUCGAGGUCGUCGGGGCGGUGGGCUGCGACCUCGGCGAGGCCGCGGCGGCUGCGCAGCAGCCCUUCGACCUGAUCUGCGCCUGCGACGGGACCCCCGUUCUCCAGGCUGCGGGCGGCGGCGGCGGAGCAGGACCCUGGGCUGCGGGUCACGGAGGGGCAGCGGAGGCGGUUCGGCGAGAACAUCUACAAGACCCUGAACCUCGACAGGAGACCGAGGCGGUCGAGAGGCUCCUGGUGCCGGGCUACCUCUACGCCUGCGGCGGGUGCGUGGUGACGCGCCUGCCCGCCGGCGACGCGGUGGGCAUCGUGUCCAUGUGGCGGGACGCCGACUGGGAGCCGGGCCUGGUCAGACGGCGCCUGGGCAAGCUGCUGCCUUGCGUCUCCGCGGAGGAAGAGGCCGCCUUCGACAUGCGCGAGGUCCAGGACGCGGGCGGAGGGUUCACCGUGUCGCGCUUGCACGCUGGCGGCUGCCUAGUGCUUCUAGGCGAUAGCGCCACGACCCCGCCGCCGCCUGGGCAGGGCUGCGGCCACGCGAUCUGCGCGGCGGCGGCCCUCGUGUCAGAGUUCAAGAAGGUUCCGCUGGACUGCACAGCCGAGACCAGGGGGGAAGAGUCGCCGCCGCCUUAGAGGAAUACGACAGGCAGCAACUGCCGUUGGAGAGGAAAUACGCAGCCGCUGACAUCUCGCAGUGGCUCUGGUGGAACUGUGUUGGUCCAGGCUUGAUGCUCCUGCAGUGCCAGCAGAUCGGACUGUGCUGCUGGUGCUGCGCCAAGUACGUCUACUCGCGGAAGAAGGAGGAGGCGGCGAAGGCCAAGAGCUCGAAGCGAAACUGACAGCUGGCCUCUGCCGCGCGCCCCUCCCAGUAGUCCAGGGGCCGCCGGUGUCCCGGCCGUGGAGGCUCUCGCCCGCCGUGGGUGGGCUGGGCCGACUUCUGCAGCCGGGAUGCAUCCUUCGAGGGCGCGCUCCCCGCGCGCUCGAGGGAGAAAACAGUCUUCCCGCCCCCUCACCGCUCGCCGCUCCGCCCUGUUGGGGCCACCCAAUCUGCAGAGGCUCUCGCGCACGCCUGCCACACCAUCCAGACUGCUGGCAGCGCAGGCCGCCGAGAGGGCGGCCAGAAGGGGUCGACGCAUGCGGGCGUCCGGGCCCCCGACCCCGCAGGGGCGGGCCGAUCUUGGGCCCGGGGCCAGCCUGGGUCUCGCGCCGCAGAGCUGUCGCGCCGCUCCGGCUCCUGCUCCGGCUCCGGCUUUGGCUCUGGCCCUGGCUCGCCCGGCUCCCGACGUCGUGAGACAAUCUCACGGCGCCGUGAGCAAAAGGGCGACAGGAUUUCUCCACCUCUUCCUGUGUCUGUCACGACGCCCGGGCACGCUGGGG